AUGCAGUUCAUCCUGAGGACGCACCAUGUGAUCACACUGGUGCUGUGUGUUUCAGCCUCUGACGACUUCGACUGGACCAAGAACGAGAGAACGUCUUUCUACUAUGGAACCUUCCCUACUGGUUUCUCGUGGGGGGUGGGCAGCUCGGCCUAUCAGACUGAAGGAGCGUGGAACAUCGAUGGGAAAGGAGCGAGCAUCUGGGAUUCCUUCGCCCACAGGAAGGGGAAGAUAUUCCUAAAUGACACAGGAGACUCGUCGUGUGAGGGAUACUACAAAUUCAAGGACGACGUCACCUUGAUGAAAGACAUGAAGCUGAAUCAUUAUCGUUUCUCCAUCUCCUGGCCGAGGAUUUUACCAAGCGGACUGAAAAGCGAACACAUCAAUGAGAAAGGAAUCAAAUAUUACAACGACCUGAUCAACAUGCUGCUGGACAAUAAGAUCACACCUGUCGUCACCCUGUACCACUGGGACCUACCUCAGGUCCUACAGGAGAAGUACGGCGGCUGGCAGAACGUCAGCAUGGUUAACUACUUCAACGACUUUGCCAACUUGUGCUUUGAGAGAUUUGGAAACCGAGUGAGGAACUGGAUCACCUUCAACAAUCCGUGGUCGAUUGCUGUGGAGGGAUAUGAGACAGGGGAACAUGCACCGGGGCUGAAGCUGAAGGGAACCGGAGCGUACAGAGCUGCCCACCACCUCAUCAAAGCUCAUGCUAAGGUCUGGCACACGUAUGACACACAGUGGAGAAGCAAACAAAAAGGCCUGGUUGGGAUCUCUCUAACAGCUGACUGGGGCGAGCCAGUGGACGUCACCAACCAGAGGGACAUCGAAGCAGCAGAGAGAUACAUCCAGUUCUACAUGGGCUGGUUUGCGACUCCCAUCUUCAACGGGGAUUACCCCCAAGUUAUGAAAGAUUACGUCGGCAGGAAGAGCGGCCAGCAGGGCCUGGGAGCUUCACGCCUCCCCGUCUUCUCACCUCAGGAGAAGAGUUACAUCCGAGGAACCUGUGACUUCCUGGGCCUCGGACAUUUCACCACCCGCUACAUCACCCAGAAGAAUUACCCGUCAGGCGUCGGGGACAGCUACUUCGCUGACCGUGACCUGGCUGAGCUGGUUGACCCUAAAUGGCCCGACCCCGGCUCCGAGUGGCUCUACUCUGUCCCCUGGGGCUUCAGACGCCUGCUGAACUUUGUCAAGACUCAGUACGGAAACCCAAUGAUCUACGUGACGGAGAACGGCGUAUCAGAGAAGAUGCUCUGCACCGACCUCUGUGACGACUGGAGGAUGCAGUACUUCAAAGAUUACAUCAACGAAAUGCUCAAAGCGAUUAAAGACGGGGUCAACAUCAAGGGCUACACAGCCUGGUCGCUGCUCGACAACUUUGAGUGGGACGAAGGAUACUCCGAAAGGUUCGGCCUGUACUACGUGGACUUCAGGAACAAGAACAAACCCCGUUACCCGAAGGCCUCUGUCCAGUUCUACAAACGCAUCAUCAGCUCCAACGGCUUUCCCAACCAGAGAGAGGUGGAGAGCUGGAAGAGGAAAGCUGUGGAGACCUGUUCCUCCAGUAACCAGCUCCUGGCUGCAGAUCCGCUGAUCGGCCACAUGGAGAUGGUCACAGAGAUCGUGGUUCCCACCGUGUGCACGCUCUGCAUCCUGCUCAGCGCCGUCUUCCUCAUGUUCCUGCUGCGUGGACGCCUCUGA